UCUUUUCCAUUUGAUCGAAGAAGUUUCAUUGCAAGAUCAUUCCUUAUGACAAAAUAAAAAUAAUAAUUUCAAAAAAGCAAAGUAACUUUUUUUCAACCUCUAAAAUUCCCAAUUCUCUUUCUCCACACAAUAAAAGCCCCCACACUCGCCUCCCUUCUUUCUCCAUUGACUCUGUUUUUUGAAAUACUCUUUCCCCAUGGCCACCACCAACCCCACCGCAGUCGUCCACUCCGCCACCACAACCUUCGUCGAAGCUGACCCAUCAACAUUCCGAGCAAUCGUACAGAAGCUAACCGGAGCACCCAACCGCCCACCGGCAGCGUUUCGGCUUCAGGAACGGCGGCGGAGUAGCAAGAAGCUGGAGUUGGAGCUGAACAGCGGAUACACGGCGGCCGGAGGAAUCGGAAUGGUGUCGCCGGUGUCGACGUUGGAAUUUAUUGGACGUGGGAGUCCGUGUGAAGAAGAAGAGAGAGCAAUUGCGGAAAAAGGGUUUUAUUUGCAUCCGAGUCCGAUUAGCACUCCCGGAGGGUCCGACCCGCCUCACCUUUUGCCAUUGUUUCCUCUUUCUUCUCCUUCCAAUUGUAAUAACAGAAACCAUUCUGUUUCUUCUUAAACUUCUCUCUCUUCAAUCAUAUAUUGUUAUUUCAUUAUUACCAGUGAUUUGUGUAAGUGAGAAUCUAUACAAUUUAUGUUCGGGAAACACUACUGAAUGAGAUUUUAGCUUAAUAGGAUUGUGUUCUAGUAACCAUUCAAUACGAAUUCACAUGUUCCGGUC